AUGAUCGGGAAAAUCAGCGAACUUAUAGAAGGAGACCACCACGAGGUGAGAUCGUGGGCUGGAGACAUCUCCUUCGAGCUCUGUAAUUCUCGAUUCGUCUCCGUUCGAAAUGGGAAUGGGGUUUUCAUUAUGGGUCGCAGAGUAGCACUUGGAAAUUGUGAGGCCUUGAGGGAAGAACAGAGAAUUGGAGUUGGAAAUCUUUGGAUUAGAGAAGAAGGAAGAUAUGGGGUUUUGGAAGAUGGGUCAGAAGUAGAUUUCAUGGUGAGAAGUAAGGUCGAAUUAGGGUUUAAGGGACAGAUAACAAAACCAUUUUAA